AUGGCUCGCCGCCACGACGUCGACGUCAACGACAUCGACCUGGAGGAAGAAGAGCUUGACACCGACGACCUCGAGGCCGCUGGCUGCGCGGUUUGUGCCCUCGGCGCGCAUCGUCCUCGCCUCCCCGUCGCUCCCCAAGUCCAGCUUCCGGCUUCAGGCGCCCCCGUCCACUCGGUGACGGCUCUUGUCGCCGACGCGCACACUCUCCAGCGCGAGAACCAGGAGCUGCGCGCCCAGUACGAACUCGUCUCAGCGCACAAUGCGGGCUUGGCUACUCACGCGUCCGUGCUGCAUGACCGCAAUCUCGCGAUCUUGCAUCGUGCUCGCGAGGGUUAUCGCGCAGGCAUGAUCCGGUUCGAGCAGGCGCUCCUCUCCCGGGAGCACGCCGAGCGGGACUACGCCGUCCUGGAGGACCGAGUGGCCGACUUCCGCGCUCGUGCUGAGCGCGCCGACGCUGCCGAGGUUCUACUCCGCGCCGAGCGAGGCUCCUCGACAGAGCAAUAUCGUGAUCUUCAAGCUCAGCUCCGGGCGGCACGAGACCAGGUCACUGACUUGACUGCCCAACUCGCGCGCGCUCCUGCUACGCCGCCUCCCUCCAUCGUGUCGCUAGCGCAGCUGUUUGCUGCACAAGGCGAGCGCGACGACGCGCGCGCCGAGCACGCUGCCGUCGCCGAGAGAGAUCAGGCUCGUCAGGCCUUGACCGCUCUGGAGCAGCAGCGCGCCCAUGUCGACGAAGAUCUCCGCGCGGCCCGUGCGUCGCUUUCUCAUAGCCGCAUGGAGAUCGAGGCGGCCCCGAACCUGAACGUCCCGCUGCAGGACGACCUUCGGCGCGUCAACGCGCUCUUAGUGGCCCACGCCGAGGAGCUCCGCCGCGGCGCGACGCGUAUCCACGAGCUGGAGGAGUCAGUGGCUACUGCUACGACUCUCCGUGUGGCCGCCGAGUCCGAGAUGGCGCGGGCUCAAGCCGGCGAACUUUGCACCACAUCUCGCACGGCGCAGUAUCGAGCUGGGUGGCUGUCCAUGCAGCGGUCGUCGCAGCAGCGGUCGUCGCAGCAGCGUCGAGGAGCAGGCGGCGCCCAGACCCAUCGUCUCAGCGCUCGCGUCGCCGAGCUGCAGGAGGAGCGCGACUUGGCCAUCCGAGAGCGCGACGAACGCGCUGUGGCUUGGCGUCGGAUGCUUCGAGACGCGCGUCGGGGCCGAGAGCUGGCGCGGCGGGUGCGCGACGAGCUUGCUGAUCGUCUCGCCGGCGUCGUAACUCGUGUAGGCGGGCAGAUAGACACCGCUGACCUGGCCAGGCGACUCGAAGCCACCUUCACGGCGGAGAUCGACGGUACGGUUCCCCUCCCUCCUGCUAUUCCGACGUCCGCAGCAGUUCCUGCGGCAUCCGCUGUUCCUGUUCCUGCUUCAACUGCGUCGAGCCCUGGUGCCCGGGCGGGCUCGUCGGCUUCGACGGCGGGCUCGACGACUGGCGCUUCCCCUCCAGCAGGUCCUUCGGGCUCC